GUAGAAGAAGAUAACAAAGGGAAUUGUGGGAUUGUAAUGGCGACUUACAUCCCUGCAAGUAAACGUAGUUUUAUCGUUCAAACGCAAACAUUUAGUCAUUUUCAGUCCUUAUGAUCACUACACCCUGAAGAUAUUUGUAUAUGGUGUAUCGUUUUCAGUGAACAUCAAGCUCUGCCAAUAUUCUUGUGGACCAGGAUACUUAAGUAACACCAUGAUGGUCUACCUGGGUUUGUAGUACGCCAAAACAAAUCUUCGACUUCAUUCAUUCACCUGGCCAAAAAAUGGAAGAUGAUCUAUCUUUGCACCGUUUGGAAGGCAGUGACCUGAGUGAGCAGGUGGGAGGUUUGAUAGUGAAGAAGAAGAGCGCUGCUUCCGAGCAGCAUGUGUUCCGUGCGCCCGCACCACGCACCUCGCUGCUGGGCCUGGACCUGUUGGCGGCACAGAAGCGAAAAGAACGGCAAGAGGCGGAAGCUGAACAGAGUGUGAAAAAGUCGAAAGUGUCAUCGUAUAAGGACUGGGAAGAGAGUAAGAGUGACUCUGGAUCUGAUGAUGAGGAAGAACAGAAGGGUGAUACGAGUGGAAAAAAUGAGCGGCAAUACCGUGUUACUGGUUCAGAGACGCCGUCCAAUCCAGGUGGUGUCAGUGAGGAGUUUCGCCGUAGACACCAGCAAAGGGAAAAGGAUCGUCGGGAACAUGGAGUGUUCGCUUCCUCUAAGGAAGACAAGCAGAGGGACAGGGGUGGAGACCGAGAUAGAGACCGUGACAGAGAUAGAAAGAGUGACCGAAGUGAGCGUAGCCGCGGCAGCCGCUGUGAGGGCCCUGGGGAGCGAAGUGAGCGCUCCCAGCGCGAGGGCAGUGUGAGGAGCGAGCGCUCACACAGAGAAGUCUGGUCCGAGCAUAGCAUCAGUCGCGGCAGCCGCAAGGAUGAGCCUGCCAGCCCCCGAAACAGACCCAAAGAUGCCACCACCCCCUCUCGCUCCAGCUGGGAUGAGGAUGACUCUGGGUAUGGCAGCAACCGGCGUUCCCACUGGGAAAGUCCCUCUCCUGCUCCCUCUCAUCGGGAUUCAGACCGAUCCGAACGCAGCCAUCGCUCCGGCUCCGAGAGUGAGAGGAGAGACCGGUCAGUGAGGAAUCGUUACCCUGAUGACACUCCUCUGCCCACGCCCUCGUACAAGUACAACGAAUGGGCUAGCGAUAGGAAGCACCUGGGCUCCACCCCACGCCUCUCCAAAGGAAAAGGAAAGAAAGAGGAUGGAGAAGAUGGCAUCGCAUUUGACAAUGAGAGUGAGAAGGAGCAGUGGGAGGAGGACCAGAGGCAAGCGGACAGGGACUGGUACAUGAUGGACGAGGGCUAUGACGAGUUCCACAACCCGUUGGCCUCCAGCUCCGAGGAGUAUGUGAAGAAGCGAGAGCAGAUCCUGCAGAAGCAGACCCAAAAGCGCAUCUCUGCGCAGAGGCGUCAAAUUAAUGAGGAUAACGAGCGCUGGGAGACCAACCGCAUGCUGACCAGCGGUGUGGUCCAGAGGCUGGAGGUGGAUGAGGACUUUGAGGAGGACAACGCCACCAAGGUCCACCUGCUCGUCCACAACCUGGUGCCACCCUUCCUGGACGGCAGGAUCGUCUUCACCAAACAGCCCGAGCCGGUCAUCCCUGUGAAGGACGCCACGUCGGACAUGGCCAUCAUCUCUCGUAAGGGCAGUCAGCUGGUGCGCAAGCACCGGGAGCAGAAGGAGCGCAAGAAGGCCCAGCAUAAGCACUGGGAGCUGGCGGGCACCAAGCUGGGGGACAUCAUGGGUGUGAAGAAGACAGAAGACGGAGAAGGCAAGCCGAAGGAGGGGGAGGACGGCAAAGUGGACUACAGGACGGAGCAGAAGUUUGCGGACCACAUGAAGGACAAGAGCGAGGCCAGCAGCGAGUUUGCCAAGAAGAAGACCCUGCUGGAGCAGAGGCAGUAUCUGCCCAUCUUUGCUGUGAGGCAGGAGCUGCUCAACAUUAUCAGGGAUAAUAACAUUGUGAUCGUGGUGGGGGAGACGGGCAGUGGGAAGACCACGCAGCUGACUCAGUACCUGCAUGAGGACGGCUACACAGGCUACGGCAUGGUGGGCUGCACGCAGCCCCGCAGGGUGGCCGCCAUGAGCGUGGCCAAGAGAGUCAGCGAGGAGAUCGGCUCCAACCUGGGCGCCGAGGUGGGUUAUGCCAUCCGGUUUGAGGACUGCACGUCUGAGAAGACGGUGAUCAAGUACAUGACGGACGGGAUCCUGCUGAGGGAGUCGCUGCGUGAGUCGGACCUGGACCACUACAGCGCCGUCAUCAUGGACGAGGCCCACGAGCGCUCGCUCAACACCGACGUGCUCUUUGGCCUGCUCAGAGAGAUCGUGGCUCGGAGGUCUGACCUGAAGCUUAUCGUCACAUCGGCCACCAUGGACUCCGACAAAUUUGCAGCAUUCUUCGGAAAUGUUCCCAUAUUCCACAUUCCAGGAAGAACAUUUCCGGUGGACGUCCUGUUCAGCAAGACUCCACAGGAGGACUAUGUGGAGGCGGCGGUGAAGCAGGCCCUGCAGAUCCACCUGAGUGGGAUGGUGGGGGACAUCCUCAUCUUCAUGCCCGGCCAGGAGGACAUCGAGGUGACAUCGGAUCAGAUUGUGGAGCGUCUGGAGGAGCUAGAAAAUGCCCCCCAGCUGGCCGUGCUGCCCAUCUACUCCCAACUGCCCUCCGACCUGCAGGCCAAGAUCUUCCAGAAGGCCCCAGACGGUGUGAGGAAGUGCAUCGUGGCCACCAACAUCGCUGAGACGUCUCUGACUGUGGACGGGAUCAUGUUCGUGGUGGACGCUGGAUACUGUAAACUCAAGGUGUUCAACCCUCGCAUUGGCAUGGACGCCUUGCAGGUGUACCCGAUCAGCCAGGCCAAUGCCAACCAGCGCUCUGGCAGAGCCGGGAGGACGGGACCAGGACAAUGCUACAGGCUCUACACUCAGAGUGCGUAUAAGAACGAGAUGUUGACCACCACCAUCCCCGAGAUCCAGCGGACCAACCUGGCCAACGUGGUGCUGUUGCUCAAGUCCCUGGGCGUGCAGGACCUGCUGCUCUUCCACUUCAUGGACCCUCCGCCCGAGGACAACAUGCUCAACUCUAUGUACCAGCUCUGGAUCCUGGGCGCGCUGGACAACACAGGUUCCCUGACGCCUACCGGCCGCCUCAUGGUGGAGUUUCCUCUGGACCCGGCCCUGUCCAAGAUGCUGAUUGUGUCGUGUGACAUGGGCUGCAGCGCUGACAUCCUCAUCAUCGUCUCCAUGCUGUCGGUGCCAGCCAUCUUCUACAGGCCAAAGGGCCGAGAGGAGGAGAGCGACCAGGUGAGAGAGAAGUUUGCGGUGCCUGAGAGCGAUCACCUGACGUACCUCAACGUUUACCUGCAGUGGAAGAACAACAACUACUCCAGCAUCUGGUGCAACGAGCACUUCAUCCACACCAAGGCCAUGCGCAAGGUGCGUGAGGUCCGUGCCCAGCUGAAGGACAUCAUGGUCCAGCAGAGGAUGAACAUGGUGUCCUGUGGCUCAGAUUGGGACAUCAUCAGGAAGUGCAUCUGUGCUGCCUAUUUCCACCAGGCUGCCAAACUCAAGGGUAUAGGCGAGUAUGUGAAUGUGAGGACAGGGAUGCCGUGCCACCUGCACCCCACCAGCUCUCUCUUCGGGAUGGGCUACACACCGGACUACAUCACCUACCACGAGCUGGUCAUGACCACUAAGGAGUACAUGCAGUGUGUGACUGCAGUGGACGGUGAGUGGCUGGCUGAACUGGGGCCCAUGUUCUACAGCAUCAAACACGCCGGCAAAAGCAGACAGGAGAACCGCCGGCGGGCCAAGGAAGAGAUCACCAACAUGGAAGAGGAGAUGUCUUUGGCCCAGCAGCAGAUCAACGCCCGCAAGGAGGAGCAGGACAGGAAGAACAACGUAGGGAGCAUCAGGUCACCCCAAAUCUGCACCCCUGGUAGACGAGAGGAAGUGCCCUCGACCCCCAGACGCACCCCGUCACGCUUCGGCCUCUGACCUCCGACAGACACGGAGUGGACCAAACCAAACACGACAUCUCCCCCACCUGAAAUCCCGUUUUUACACAAACUCUCUCUGAAUGUGCUCUGUGCUGUGAGCCAAGAGCCAGGGCUCGAUCACACACGGGGGACUGUAAAGCCUUGCAGUUCCCCAGUUUGGCCAGCAGUAGGCACACUUGUAUAAGGUAAAAUAUGUUGAGGCUGAGAGCCCAGCCCUUCAGAGCCUUGCCGAGUGAUCGUCCUCUGUGCAGCCAGAAUAGAGCCCCUGAAAUGGCUGUUUUAUUAUCCACUGUGUUCUUUUAGACCAACACAUCCUGAGUUCAAUCACAACAACCAAAUCAUUGUCAGAAAAGAUACUUAACGUUUAGCCUUACCAGUUUAGUGUGGAGGUGGUUGUGCACAUUUUGUUUUUUCUUUUUUGUCUUGUUUUUAGGCAAUCCAUUAUUAGGAUUGUCAUUUUGGAUUAGAUUUUAUGAGUUGUGAGAAUUUAUCCAACUGUUAUUGUAGGAGUUCUUAUUGUCAGUGGAAUAAAAAUAGAUGUCCCUUUGUCUACCUGGCAUUACUGCAACAUUUCAUCAUGUCAGGAACCUAACUUAAAGGGACCUCAUAGAAAAACAUGUUUAUGUUUGUUUGUCUUGAAACAUUUGUUAUCACCUCAGAAUGAAAUACACUGGGUCUCUGUGUUCUGAUGUAAACAGAACCCAUGGAACAUCAACAACAACGACAAAAGAACCUCCAUCUCAGACCUGCUGUAGAUGGUGUGUGCUGUUUGUUCCCACAUUAAGGAUCUGCGUUGUGUAGGGUGUACCAGGCGUAGGUGUUGUCUUGGAAACGUGGCGGCCCUGAUUUAGCACCCAGCGUGAGACUGGUGCCCUCUUCAGCUGCCUGUCUCUGGGAAGGGGCCACUGCUGUGGCUCUUCAUGUCCUGACUCACUGUCAAUAGGAGAGUUGUACAGACAGGGUUGGAGGUGAUGGGCUUCCCAUUCUGGCCUCCUCUCCAUCCUUAUGUACUACUUCACUGCUUUUCUUGUGCUUUCUGUCUUUUUCCCUUCUUCAGUGCAGAUUGUUUUUAAGCCCUAAGCCCCUUUGAUCCUCCUUCACAGUCAGUCAUAGUCAAUGUUUAUCUGCCAUGGUGUGCUGAGUGCACCUCAUUUGUGGGGUUUUUGGAAAUUAUAUUAAAUAAUUCUUUUGUAAUUAGA